GUAGAUAUAAAUUUUGCAGCAUGGGAAUCCAAAAUCAAGCAGAGAGCGCACAAAAUCUCCUCAGGAGCAGGCUGUGUGAUCCUACUUUCAUCUUCAAGCCCCUCUCCGAUUCUCCAGAUGGAAACUAUAGUAAGUUGAAGUUUAUUAUAUCAAGUUCAAUUGUUGAGGCAUGCAACAAUUCAAUUCUACUUCUUGGUCCUCGUGGCUCUGGAAAAAUCGCGGUGCUGGAGCUUGUUCUCGGCGAUUUGUUGCAAGAACAUCCUGAUACUAUAUCUGUGGUCAAAUUGAAUGGACUGCUGCAUAGUGAUGAAAAUUGUGCUUUCAAGGAAACUGCCAGACAGCUGUGUUUGGAGCAUCACUUAUUAUUCUCAAAAACGGCAUCAUUUGACGAUAACUCCCAAUUUAUGAUAGCCAUGUUGCAGGAAUGUGGAUUAGCGCAUAAGACCGUCAUUUUUAUACUUAAUGAGUUUGACCUAUUUACUCAGGGAAAACAACGGUUACUUUAUAGCUUGCUUGAUGCAAUGCAAACAAUAACUUCACAAGCUAUUGUCAUUGGUGUGAGCUGUAGACUGGAUGCGGAUCAGCUUUUGGAAAAAAGAGUAAGAUCUCGUUUCUCACAUAGAAAGCUAUUGUUUUUGCCUCCAUCUACUGAAGAUGUACAAAGAUUGUUAGAGCAUGUCCUUUCUUUGCCGAUGGACUCAGGUUUUCCAGCUGACUAUGCUACUCAAUUCAAUGGAAAGCUUCAAAAAAUGUUAGCAGAUGACAGAUUCAAAGAAAUCAUAACUACUUAUUUAAACUCCAAUUUUACCAUGAACCAUUUGUUGAGAUUUCUAUUUAUGGCUAUCUCGAAAUGGGAACUGAAAUCUGGCUUCCUUGCACUUGAGAACUUUAAAACUGCACUUUUAAGCAUCCAAAGGCAGCCAAAGCAGGAAUGCAUAAAAGAUUGCUCUAUACUAGAACUUUACAUCCUAGUAUGCAUGAAGCGGUUGGAAGUGCAAGAGAAAGCUUCAUAUAACUUCAUCUCUAUAAUGAAAGAGUAUAAAAGCAUUCAUGACUCAUUCAACACAUCUGAUUAUUUUGCACACAAUGUGUGUUUGCGGGCAUUUGAAUGCCUUCUGCAACGAGAAUUGAUUUGCUUCGCGGACAACAGAGUUCAUAGCCAAUCUGUUGAAUUUCGCCCGGUUAAGCUUCUAAUCUCAUAUGCUGAACUACAGGAAGGGCUGAAAUCAUAUCGUUCCUGCCCUACUCUUCUUCCAAAACUAAUGGAUCGUUGAAGUCUGAAAACACCGGUAGAGGCAGCAUCCAUACUCGACUAGCUUCUCAUUUGUCCGACCGGGGAAAGGAGGAAGUCACAUUUGCUUUUGUGUAUUUCAAGAUGUUUGCACCAGUUGUACAAUCUGUAGGCAGUCAAGGCAGGAUGCCACUAUUACAGAAACUUCCACUUUAACAAAUUUUUGUCUAUUAAGUCCUUUAAUUAAUACUGAUGAAUUUUACUUGUUUGUCUUUA